GCCAGUACACCCUCAGAAAGGCAUCAGCUGGAAGUCGAAAAUGGUGUUCAAUGGUCGCAGUUGCAUCGCCUUGGAUACUUUGAUCUAGUACAUGGAAUGAUCAUUGAUCCCAUGCAUAAUCUUUUCCUAGAAACGCCGAAGGGAAUGAUGGAUUGGUGGAUUGAGGAGAGAAAAAUCACCGAAAGGGAUUUUGUUACAAUGCAGAAGAUAGCAGAUAAAAUGGUGGUACCAAAUGAUUACAUGGUACUGUGA